UAAAUUCGCACUGACCUUAAAUUAUGAACACGUUUUUGUUUUACAAACAGGAAAUGAGACCUCGUGAAUGCAUCAUAGAGGCAGGUAGGGAUCCAUGUCGUUCGAUUUCUUGAGGACCAUUACCGAAGUCGUUCGCCAUUUUAUCGCCGAUGUCAAGAACUUGAUCCGGUGAUCUCGUCCCCUCGCCGGAGAAAUGGACGAGACGUUCUUUGAUCUCCGAGUUCUGGAAGAAACCCACCAUAACCGAACCAUUUAUCGACAUUUUGGUCUGUGCAGUGCCGAUAAGGCUCGCUGUCAUGAUUGGCCUCGUCAUCGGCUGGUCAUGGCGUCCUCGGUGGACCAGCUUGGUCUUUCUAGGCCUCCGCUCCAAGUUCCGAUUCAUCUGGACGGCGCCGCCUGGGUUCGGGGCUCGCCGGCUCUGGCUUGCCUUUACGACUCUCUCGGCCUUCUCUGUAUGUCGUACCAUUCGGUCUAAUUUUAAAGAGAGAGGCAAGAAAUCGACCGCUGUGACUUCGUCUUCGGCUGGUCAAUUGCGGCCGCCGUCACCUCUGGCUAGAAGUUUGUCGGAAGGGGCUUCUGAAGCUGUCAGCACCAUAGCUGAUGGGAGAGAGCAGGAGAUUGUCACAGAAUGUGAUUUUCAGCACCUGUUGCAUACUUGCAUCUACUUGAAGGGAAAGAUGGAGAGAUGGAUUGGCAAAGUAUGAUGGAAAGGUCUAGCCCAAAUAUGGCAUACCAAGCUUGGCAGCAUGAGCCUGAGUUUACCGUAGCAGGACUGUCUUUGAGGAUGCAACUCCUGAGGUCGUCAGGGAUUUCUUCUGGGACUAUGAAUUUCGACCAAAGUGAGAUCCCAUGCUUGCAUACUGCAGAAUAUUGGAGGAGCAUCCCAAUACAGGCACAACAAUUGUUCACUGGAUAAAAAAGGUUGCUGAAAUUCUGCAUUAUUUGUGUUUCUGUAUGCUUUGGUGUUUUAUGCCAUUUCUUUCUAGAAAACAUAUAAAUUUAUGCCUUGAUUUUUAUUUUUAUUUCUUUGCCUCUGCGCAGUUCCCUUUUUUCUGUAGUGAUAGAGAAUAUAUAAUUGACCAAAGAAUUUGGGAGGCUGGGAAGAGAUAUUAUUGUGUGACAAAGGUACUGAAUGAGACUCAUUUAUUUUUGA